UUGUUGGACAAAAACAUAUUUUAGCAUCUACUUUAAAUCAAUGAAUUUAUUAGUAGAAAAAAUAAUGUUCAGAAAAUGUUUACAAAUCCAGCAACAUGUUGGAAGGAAAAAUAGCUUUAACAGAGAAAUAUCUGAUAAUAAUGUGUCUAAACGCAAAGUUUAAUUGAGUCGUUAAAACUACGACAUUUUCCGAAGCACGUGAAGGCGUCUGAGGCAUUCAGGUCAGGUGCCAAUGGUGAAGCGGCAGUCAGGGCAAAAUAUUGUUGUGUUGACGAGAACAAAAAUGUUUUAAACAGAAGGAGGUCUUUGUAGAGAUGUUCGCAAAUAAGAAGGCUUGGUUUUCGGACAGUGUGUCACCAACUUUUCGCGAAUUCUGGCUAUUGGAGUGUGGAAUACUUACAGGGUGGAGAACAGCAGACUAUCUUUUCAGUGAGGAUGCUACACACCCUGAUACACUCAGGAUUUUUAGGAGUGAGGCUUACCUGUGGGAGAAGGUUACUGUUUUUCACAGCUUUUUCCUGAAUGCAUGUCAGAAUCGAAAGAGUAUAAAGUCGGUCAGCAUUGGUCACUAUGUGCUGCCUCCUUUCCCAGUGCAGGAUGCAGUGAGAAACGUGAUUGGGAGGUUUAUUUGGGAGUAUGAAGAGGACCAGCCAGGCGCACGGGUAUGAUUGAUGACACAUAAUGAAGACAGUGUGUUUUAACUCGGUAUGUUCUGAUUAAUGUUUUAUGCAGCCAGUUUUGAUACUGAUCAUACAUGAAAGAGAUUGGCCGAUACCAAUCACAUAUUACCUGUACAUUUCUCCAUUUAUUUAUGGUGAGUGCUAUUGAACAUUUAACAAUAUCAACACAAUAUUUAAACAAGUUCCUUAUUUUUCUUUCAUUACAUACAAUUGCUUGAGCAAAAUUAAUUCAUUAGUACAAAACAACUAAACAAGAGCAACAACUAUCUGCUAAAUCCCUUGGUUUUGCCAUCCUGUG